UACAAAAUGUCCAUCAGUUUUACGAAGGAAGCUAUCAUUAUUUUGUGAAGGUUAAAAUCUAUUAAUUUUAUCUUUAAAAGCUUGACAUUUCUGUUUUAUUCUCAUGGAUCUGGGAAGCAGACGGAAAAGUUCCGACAAAAGUUUUGAUACAGACGACGACUCUGAUUAUGCCAUGAUAAAACGCAUUAAAAUGGAACCGGAAGCUAUAUUGUCUCAGGAAGAUGAUAUAAUGGCACAGUUGCAACAAGAAAGUUCUGAUUUAGAAGUGGAGCCAAGCUUUGCUUUGGAAGGUUCUGCAAAUGGUGAAGAUUGCAAUGAGGGUGUUUUGAUGCAACAUAUGGACAUCAGAGAGCCUCUAUCUACCCUAAGGAAUUUAUUGGAACAAAGACUUGGAGUAGAAUUAACAGACUAUUCAUUUUGGCUACAAGAUGCACAAAUGCUAGAGAGUCACAAGAACUUGGUCGACCAAUGUGUGCAAGGAGAAGGACUGGUUCAAGUGAAUGUUCAGAUAAAAGCAACACAGAGAAGAAUAAAUAUAGUGGAUGUUCUAAAGCCUGCAGAGGAUUAUAUAGAGUUGGCAGAAAAUAAUGCAUCCACACCAAGUAAUGAAGACAGCAAACGAAAUGUUAUAAGAUGGAUGGUUGAUCCACAGUACAAAAAAGAACAGGAACGGUUAAAAAUUCCAGCCGACCCUAAGGAAUGGACACAAACACAUGUGAAACAUUGGCUUCAGUGGGCAGUCAGACAAUUUAAUCUCGCCUCCGUGAGGCUAGCCGAUUGGAACAUCACUGGUCACCAAUUGUGCAAUCUAACCCUGGAGGAAUUCCAGGCUAAAGUGCCUUUGGACCCAGGAGAAGUGUUCUGGACUCACUUGGAGUUGCUCCGCAAGUGUAAAUUUGUCGCUGUUGUACAGAAAGAUGCUUCAGCAUCACCCACGGAAAACAUUAUGGACAAAUCUAUCAAAAUUCGUAGUCAGAAGGCCACGAAACCUAGGCCAGUGGUGAAUCAGCAGGCAAGAGUGGUCAGUGUUCCUUUGGAGAACAUAGACAGCACUCCGAUCACUAUAGCGACCUCCAGUCGUUCAGUCAAUAGCGGCCAGAUACAAUUGUGGCAAUUUUUACUGGAAUUGUUAACCGAUCGCGAGCAUAGGGGUGCCAUUCAAUGGGUAGGAACUGAGGGAGAGUUCAAAUUAAAUCAACCAGAGGCUGUGGCACAACUCUGGGGAGCGCGCAAGAACAAACCUUCGAUGAAUUAUGAAAAAUUGAGCCGCGCGUUGCGUUACUAUUACGAUGGAGACAUGAUUUCGAAGGUUCACGGGAAACGAUUCGUCUACAAGUUCGUCUGUGAUUUAAAGCAGGUUCUAGGAUAUUCUGCAGCGGAGUUGAGCAAAUUGGUGGAGGAAGGCAGAAGAUAUUUCUGAUGGAGCGUUACUUUUUUAUCGUUAUCGCACUUCUCACGCGUUUUUCAUCAAACAUUGUACAUAUU